AUGACCGAAACCAGACGCAAGCCACCGCAACCCGAGCUUUUCCGACAAGGAGCAGCAGCCGCUCGAGGCUCUUAUCGAGCAGCUGUCCCGCUUUUUCGGGCCCUGGGCAAGAAGAGAAGCUGGUUGACCAUUUUGCCGAGAGCCCGAACAACCUGUUUUCCACGUCCGGUUACCGAACAGCAGCCCGGGACUUGUCGACCGUCUCCAGGGGAUGUCUGUCAAGCGAACCAAGUCCCCUCUCAGCCGAACAGCCACCAAUCGAGAAGUCUCGAGAAGUUUCCAGUGUAUAAGAGACACGUAGUCGGGUAUACCAUGGAGUCUUGA